CAUUUACGUAAACAUUGCCCUUGUCUGGAAUUUCAUGGAGGCCCAUUAAUGACAUGUAGAGCGUUAACAUAGAUACCUAGGCAAUUCUUCUCGAAUAUUUUACUUGUUGUGGUGAAUAUGUCGGUUAAACAUGCUAUUAGCCGGGGUGUGGAACUGGGGAGGUCGGCGUUCCAGCUGGGGAUACUGAAACCAGCUGGCCGACUUGCUGCGAAGUUCCGAGGUGAGCGUCUGCGGGUCGGCCAGCCGUCGCGCACCGUUCAGCCUCAGAGUUUCCUGCCAGCUCGGUACCAAUACUAUCGCAUGUCUCUCAGUGGUUUGGCGGCGCAGAUGCAGUCCGGGGGUUUCAGAAGGUUGAUUGGAGGUUCGCCCAGAAAUAGAGUUGUGUUCUUAGCUUUUGGUGUUGGUCUUGGAUUGAUCGAACAACAGUUUGAGGAUGACAGGAAGAGUGUUGCAGCAUGUCAACAAAUACAGGCCCUGUUCCAGAAGAAGAAGUUUGAGAGCCCUAUUAAGUCUUUUAUGUCAGGUUAUAAGCUCGAGGACUACGUUAUCGGAAAGCAGAUUGGGAAAGGGUGCAAUGCCGCGGUAUAUGAGGCCGCAGCUCCAUUCGCGCCAGUUCCCCCCAGACGCAGCGAGAGGGCCUCCUUGGUGGAACUCAACACACAGCCCAGUGAACGCACAUCUCCUCGCUUGGCCUGCCCAACACGUUACCCCUUGGCUGUCAAAAUGAUGUGGAACAUGGGGGCUGGAUCCUCCAGUGAGGCAAUCCUAAAUUCCAUGUCCCAAGAGCUGGUGCCUGCAACACCAAAUGCUCUCAGGCAGGAUGAAGAAGGAGUCAGUCUGGACGGGCAAUUUGGGUGGGUUCCCAAGACCGUGGCCGCACACCCCAAUGUCAUCAAGGUCCACAGAGCGUUCACUGCGGACGUGCCCCUGCUGCCUGGCGCUGAGGAAGAGUACCCAGCCGUGCUGCCCACCCGACUCAACCCACUGGGCAUGGGCAACAACCGCACCCUCUUCCUGGUCAUGAAAAACUACCCGUACACCCUGCGUCAGUAUCUGGAGAGUGGCACCCCAGGCAGGAAGACGGGCACACUGAUGGCCCUGCAGCUACUGGAGGGGGUGGAUCAUCUGUGCAGACAGGGCAUCGCACACCGAGACCUCAAGUCAGACAACAUCCUCAUGGAGUUUGACUUUGGUGGUUGUCCUCGUCUGGUGAUCACAGACUUUGGCUGCUGCUUGGCAGAUCAGAGCUGUGGUCUUCAGCUGCCCUACAAUAGCCGCUGGGUGAGCAGAGGAGGCAACGCGUGUCUCAUGGCACCAGAGGUGGCCACUGCCGUCCCUGGGCCUGGCGUCACCAUAGACUACAGCAAGGCGGACGCGUGGGCGGUGGGCACCAUCUGCUACGAGAUCUUCGGCCAGAGGAACCCCUUCUACUGCCCCCAGGGCCUGGAGGGCCGCAGCUACGAGGAGAGGCAGCUGCCGGAGCUACCGUCUAACACGCCCGCAGACACCAAGCUGGUGGUCCGACUCCUGCUGCGCAGGAACCCUAAAAAGCGCCCCAGUGCCCGAGUGGCGGCCAACAUGCUCCACCUGAGCCUGUGGGGCCGGCAGGCGCUCACCUCCCUAGACAGGGCGAGCCUCAGCAAGCUGUCCGAUUGGCUGCUGUGCCAGUCGGCCUACGUGCUGCUGAGGGGCCGCGGUCCCAGCGGGAGCUCCGUGGAGGCCGAGCUGCAGAGGGGCUUCCUGGCCAGCCUGGACCUGGAGGAGCUCCGCACCGCCCUGGCCUUCCUCACCUACGGACGCCAGCUCCACCAUGACCGCUAUGCUCCCCUCACACUGUGACACCUCUGUCCGCACCGACCAGGGUUAUGUACGGCACGGACGGACGGACGAAUGGACAGGAGCUCCGAUUCGCACCCUCUCACCCUGUAACACCCAAACCACCACAACCAGUGACCUUGUCACCCACCCCGUCUGAGCUGACGACGAAUCCCUCAGUUUGGUAGAAAUAGGCACAUACAAUAAGCUGAGCUACAUUAUUAUACCAUAUGUGAUAUACCAUAGGUAUAAAUAAAGUGUUUAUAUAUCAUGUACGGCAGAGAGCUCCACUUUGGAGCUGCACUUUAUAGACACCUUGCACUUUUGUUCCCCCUGUGCCAAACUUUGGGUAGUUUGUGCAUGUCUCUGGCUCUAAGCCACAUUAUAGGUUAGGUAUCACUCUGAAAUGGCGAAAAUAUUAUUUAUGAAUUUAAUUCAUGAAAUUACAGUUAGACUUUUGUCAUCAUUGAUAUUGUCAUCAGCAGUACAACUCACAUCCGUUUGAUGAUUUUUAGAUAUCUAGGACUAUAUCAUGAGUCAUGUGUGUAUGAGUGUCCUUUCUGACAUGGUCUCCUGGGAAACCUAUAGUGUUUUUGCUCAUGUAAAUAAAAAACAAUGAUGUUUUAAUGA